UAUUUGUAACCUCAAGGAAAAAAAAAACAUCGAUACUGAAAGUUGAAACGCCAUUUGCUGAGUCCUCGGGCGUUGUUCGUUUACAUCCGCGUUGGCAAUUUACGCUUAUUAACACCACUUUACAAUCGCAAUUAUCAGGUAGUUCCAAUACGCAAAUGCGGUGGUCUGAUUAGGAAGGAUGGUAUGGUAAUGUACACGAGUGAUUAGCUGUCCUUGUCUCCUGGUCAGUAAGACGAAGGUGGCAGGACAUAGUUUAUUUGAAGGGCAUUCUAUCAACCCAUCAAUCUAAACACAUAAAUCAAUAUUCAUAUAUUUGUAUUCAUAUAAACAUUGGAAUAUUCCGAUUGGCUAAAAUGUACUACGAAAGAACCAGCAGUUGCCGCCAGCAACUCUACGCAGAGAUCAGUUGAACAGGAAUCAGAACUGCUACGUGAAAAAUCGGACAAAAACAUGGCUUGCCAACGGGGAUAUUACAGUAAAGAAACAACUCUUUAUUGAACUGAAAGCAGUGAAAAAGGAGACGACGAAAAGUUUUUGAAGCAGCAAGCAGACAAAGUAAAGAAAUUAGAUUAAAAAGAAUCAGAACUCUGCAGUGGCAAAUUGGACAAAUAUUGCUGAUAUUACCAACGCGUGGAAUAAUGCCUAGAACAGUUAAGAAUUAAUCACGCAAUAUGCAGUGUAAAGAAUAAGCAGGAGAAAAGUAGGAGUGGAGUGUGUUUGUGUCAUUGCAUUGCACAUUAUGUUGGUUCUCUGGCAUUUUGGCAGUAAGUCCAAUGCCCAGUGAGACGUGAAAUAGAUUCAGCAAAAUGCAGUGAUCUUGCUACAGACAUCGAUGUAGACAUGAAUAUCGGCGAGCCAACACACCGUGGGAUUGGCCUAACAUUGAACAACACUAAUUAAGGCUCAGAGGCUCUCGAACACGUUUUUUUCGAACGAAGGGAAAUCCGUCACGACAGUAAUCACUACGGGGAUUUCUUGCCGAGAACAAUACGUUAAGUGCUUGGGGUAGAGCGAGAACAAUGGCCUGAGGUUUCCUGAUUACCACUGCCAGGAGAGUCUUCUAGGUGGAAAACUGCACCCGGGUCAAGUGAGUAAUGUCAAGAUUUAAGGCACAGUUAGCGCCAUGAAUUACUCUAUCCCGCACAUUUUGUGUGUUCUUUCAGUACGUUUAGUUGAUAUGUGAAAUAGCCCGUUGCGUUCACAAACGAAGUGCCGGUCCACGAUAAUAUAGGAUACGGAAAACUGCUCACUGACAUGCAUAUGAAUAUGGGUUAUCGAGUUUAGUCAAUUCAGACUAUACUUUUAUAUUCCUUAACCAAGCAGAAGAAAACAUCUUGUUAGAACCAUUUGACGUAUGGACAUACAUACGUUUAACGUAACAUAAAUCAACCCACUGCCGGGGAGUAUAGAUAAUAAACCCGGACAAUUAAGAUACAUGUACUGUUAUGUAUACGCCGGGUAAAAUAUGCGAAUGAAAUUAACGACUUAUUCCCAAACUCGAUAAAAUUGCGCAUAAAGCAUACCUUUUAAGAAGAUAAGAUGUCCGUCGUGUUUCAUGACAGCUUCACGUGAUAAAUCUGUUAUGGUGCACAGUAUUCCGCCAAGGAAAAAAGGACAACUGCUGGAGAAACAGGAAUGCAUUUAAGAAAAUAUGUUUUAUGAAGCACGGAGUUAGCAUAAACUGUGUGCACCUUUUUUUCCUGUUAAUCAAUUGUCUUUUCUGAUAAUUUCGUUCGUCAGACUUUGUGAAUAACUUUUGAACUUGUCGAUAAUCAACUAGACCAACGCCGGCGAAGACGUAACCGUCUUAAGGUUUAAGGACGUACAUGUUCAGUUAUUACACGCGAAUAAGACUUUUCAAGUCACCAAUGCACUGGAUUUGAAGAGGCGAUAGGUCAAUUAUAAACUUUACCUAAGUGCUAGGCAGCAGCGCUUAUCAAUCGUGCAGUUGGAAAGUGCGGAAGGUAUUCAACACGGAGCCGCAGUGGGAAUUUCACAAACCGAUAACCAUAGUUAAACUGCUCUUGGAGAACAAUCAUUACACACUCUGAUAUAGGCCUAUUCACGAUGAAAGAGGAAUCCGCGCAGCAACUGGAAUGUACGGCUUGACAGCUGUAAGGGAAUAACGGAGUUAACAUCAACGAAAUCAAGAAACAAAAAAUGUGAGCUGGUUCACGAAGCAUAAAUCAAGUCACUAAACCUCAACUUAAAGAUUGUAGUUAACGAGCCCUUGUGCUCAUUGGUGCCUGUAGCGACGCACGCGCGAUAGACUACCAGCAGCCAAUGCGUACAUUCCAUAAGUUCGCGAACGUGAAACUGAUGUGCCAAUCCGUGAUACGACGUUAAGUGGAAGGAGCCUGACGCUGUCUGUCAACGUGAUUGGUAUAAAUAGAGCAUUCUCCACACAGUUCUUUGUAGCUGUCGUGAAGGACAACGCUGUCGUAGGCUCCAACUUCGUGUUAACGGGAGCCAAUUAGAUUGCAUAGCGUGGGCAUCUUGGAAUCACCAGCAACAAUCGUAGCAUCAAGGCGUGCUCUACCUUCCCCUUAAUGAGUCCUUAGACAUUAUUGGAUAGAGACAAUUCUUCGCUGAUGAUCGAGGAGAAACCAGCCACCGACCUUGGAAGAUAUAUAGGAAUUUUAUAAGCCGCCUUCCUUUUUAUAUUGUAAGAAGGGCAACGUGAAAUGAGAUUGCGGGCAAAGCGAAAAGACAAAGACAGUUUAGAUUAAAGCACAGGACUGUCGAUAAACGCCAAAGGAGUUUGGUGAAGGUCUGUUCGUGCCUUUUUGUGCUGAUAAACCGAUAGCUACUGUCGUUAACAUGUGAUUAGACGUUGAACAUUGUCGUCUUCGUGGCAUUCAUGGUUUAGAAACUGCGCUAAGGAAUCAAUUCAGAACUGAAAGGAUAGUUACUCAGGGACUCUGCGUUUGCCAAGUAGAUUCAAGUGAGUGAUUCGUGGCAAAGAUAGGAAUAAAGAGAUCAGAUUUUAGAGUCAGUCUGUCUUUGAAUAUAUAAAUACGUAUUAACUGAAAUACACCAUUACGUUCUAAAGCACGUGGUAGGAGUUACAUUUCACAAAGACGUCAGGACAGCUUCCAAAGCAAUCUGCGGCUUAGAAUUGGAAGCUGGAUCUUAAAAGCACUGAUGGAGUGUAAACUAAUAUUUUGAAUAAUGAACAUUUUUUUAAUCUACACACAACUGGGAAGAAUAAUUUACAGGGUUUGAACGAAAAUCAGUGACGUGUUAUCAUUUAUGUUUUCCGUGACAGACAGGUGUUAAAAUUGAAAUAAACAAAAGCCAACGAUGGAGGGUAUAAAUUCAACUGAAAUUUCCCUCUCGGAUGACGUUUUAGUAAACACGACAGUAGACCUUAUUUACCAGCGUUGUGGAAACCGAACCCAUUUUCGAGACACCGACGCCUCCAAAAUCGGAAUCCCGGUACUUCUGGGCAUCGUGUUUGUCGUCGGGUUGCUCGGGAAUAUGUUGGUUCUAUACGUCGUUUGCAAAAGCAAGAGGAUCAGCUACCUUUUCUUCAACCUCGCUCUCUCUCACCUGUUGCUGGUGUUGGUAUGCGUGCCUCUCCAAGCAGCGCGGUUCGCAUCAGGGUACACCGUGUACAUUUCGAACCCCAUGUGUAAACUGGGUUAUUUCCUCAUGUACACCACCACCGGGGUCAGCGUGAACUGCAUGGUGGCCGUACUGGUGCUCAAAUACAUCGCUAUCACGUGGCCCAUCUCGUGCGAGAUCUCACGGAGACACACCGCCAUCACAGCAGUGGGAUUAUGGAUAGUCCUGGGGAUCAUCAACGCCCCUCUGUUGGUUUACUACAAAGAAACCGGUGAAAAACAAUGUGAGCUGCAACCCAGCAGUGACGCUCAGUAUUAUUCAUUCAUCGUCUUGACUUUUGGUCUUGACUUUGCCUUGCCUGUGUUAGUGUUCAUGUGCAUAACGAUGUCCGUCAUGGGGAAGCUUAAAAUGACCGCCAUUCAGGUGGAAAAUCGACUGGCCAUGGCGGCCAAUAAAAGACUGGUCAUCCUUGUCCUCAUUAUCUUUGUGCUCUUCGUGGUCACCUGGGGGCCGUUUCACUUUAGCUAUCUUUUCGCAAUAUUCGCCAGCCAUAUCUACAAUCCUUUCUGCCCCUCACCGGAAACGGUCGGCCUAAAUUUCAUGAUCGUGUUGGCGUUUUCAAACUCGUGUUUAAAUCCAGUGGUCUACAGCCUAGCGUCCAUUGAAUUUAGGCGCGCGUUUCAGGCUACCGUCAAUAGAUGGCGCUCCGUCACCCACACUGCCGAGGAGACUGAACUGACUAGGGUAGCAGAGAAGUAGCUAGCGUAGCAGUAGUAAUAACGUACUGACGUAAUUUUGAAAUGCAAAAACGGCGUUCUCCAUGAAUCGACCGAAAACGAUUAGCACGAGGAGUACUUUGAGUCAAGCUUGAAUCGUCGAGAUACGACCGCAGUUCAGUCGCUUCAAUUUCAUAUCUACCGGCACCAUCUUGAAGUGCUUCUCCACAGUGGAGAUAUGAAGAAAGAAAUACCAACGAACAACAAUGCCCAUCGUUUGGAAACCCAAUGACUUCAAUCAUGUUGUCAUUUUCGCUCAAUGACUGAACGAUUUCCAAACAAAAAUCGCAUAACCUACGUAUUGUGCAUCGUCUAACAAUUAUCUCCGUUCAAGAUAUGCUUCCGCGUUAAUUCCAUGCAAUCGAUGGAGUUUACGCCUGGAUAAAGCAAACUUUGAGCAUUGUCUUUAGCAUGAAAUAUACCUUCAAGUAGCUAUACUCAAUUUAUAGGCAAUUCCAUGCAAUGUUGUUGGCCUUAAGACAAACCUAUAUAUAUAGACCUAAUCAUAAAUGCCAGGUAAUCCACAGGUAACGUUAAUAUUUAUACCUUAUGUAUUUUUAUUGAUAUAUUGGUUAUUGGUUACUAAAUAUAUACCUAUAUACAUAUAUUUAUCCUAUAGCUGUAAACUUAUACAAUGAUGUACAGGAAUUCGGGAUUUUGAGUUUAGUAACGUAUGUCUUAUUCAUUUACUUGAAUGGGGAAAGUGUAAUUCCAACAGCCAACUGAUAGUUUUACUGUCGUGUUGCUUGCACCACAUGUUUUGAAGUAGCCUUUUGACCAUGUAGGGGCACUUUCAUACAUGCCACAACUUACAUUUGCAAUCAAUAACGUUACAAUUAUUAAUUAAUGCUAAGCGCGAUCAAAAUGUAGCCAAAAUAUCAUUCUUAUUUCCUUAUAUGUUUAUUUAAGAUAAAUAGCGUACUGGAGAUUUUUUUGGUACACUUCCUUACCUGCGCAUGCGUAUGAAAAGUAUGACAGUUCUUGUGAAAAAUCUUGUGAUCAAGUUUUUUUUUCUUUUAUUAAUUUCAUUAUUCUUUAUUAUGGAACGUGAUAUUUUACUAGGUUAUAAGGCUUACAUAGGGUCGUCUUAUCUGUGAAGUAUUCCUUGCACAUGCGUUCAGUGUAUGGUACAUGCAUUAUUAUAUAUAUCUUUAGUGCUAAGCUGGAGCAUAUGGCAAUCCAGUAAUACGGCUGUGUUAUUAAAAUGACUUAGUACAGAACAAGGUGAUUUACACGGAAAAUGUUCGUGUUAAAAUCCAACAGAUGUUCCGCACAACAUGUCAACACGAAUAGAUCAGAUACGGAUGAAUAUGGGAAUGAAAAAAAAAAA